AUGGCCGCCAGCGCAAUGUAUAAAAUGAAACCGGUUUACGGUAGCUCAGAAGUCGUUGAAGAAUAUCCAACGUGCAUGUAUCAAAUGAAAAAUAUUCACGAAGAUUCGGCUGAAGAUUUGGUGAGGAUUACGUUUAAAUAAGUGCAAAAUAUUUUUGCUUUUUGUGAAGCAAUUUUGUGUUAACGGGGAAUCUGUCGCGCAAUUGGUACACAGUACAUGGAAAUCUGUUAGUUUGUUUAUUAAGUAAUGUACAAAAAGCUUAAAAUACGCAUGCACUGUAGUUUUUAAUAAUCUGUUGUCUCUUGAUUUACAGUAACUGUCUUUUUUAAUGUAAUUAAUAAUAAUUAAUAUAAAUACAGCCCAUAAAAUUUGAGUAUUCAUUAAUUUAAUAGGUCGCAAUUUAUACCAGCGACAGUCAUCACACCAGACUCUUGUUUAGUUUAUUCAGUUUCUCACUCAUUGGUGAGUGGACUUCCCACCGGUAUUCCCUAAUUGAUAGUGGAUUCGAGGUACCUACGGUUUUAACAUUCUAAUCCGAGAAGAAGCUGAAGUCUAACAAGUCAACGUAAAUGUAGCUCUUUCUCUUCGGUUAUUUUAAGACCUUGAGCAGAGGCUCGACCAAAGAUUGAACUCAGGUCUCCCAGCUUGAAAGACAAGCGUGGUAACGCCGACACCACAAGUGGUAGCAUAAAUCAGGCGAUUUGUUCUUGUAGGUUAUUGACGACCGUGAACUUCUAGAGCUUAUAAACCAUCAAGAAGCAGUUUUAAAGGAACUGGAAAGACUGAAGCAUGAAGUUUAUCACAUAGGUGUGGAUAUUGGAGUGAACAAUCAAAGUGAGCCAACAAAG